ACCAGAAACUGAAAGCUUCAAAGCCACGGAUUUGAGUCCUAAGAAGGGAAUCCAGAGGAAGAAACCCACCCCGCCAGCGGAAGUUACCAUCGAUAUUCUAUCGAGAUUACCCAUGGAUGCCGAAGAGGGAAGAAAGAAGAAAAGAGUCAACCAUGCAGAUGAUCCUUCCAACAGAGCGAUGGUCCAGAUAGAUCUUCAUCUUCUCCCACGGGAGAUUCUGCUCGAAGUCCUAUCAAGACUCCCGAUCACCUCAAUGAUGGACUUCAAGACCACUUCCCAUGCCGGCUAUGAUUUAAUCGCCGAUCCAAGACUCCCUCCGAUGUUCCGUAAUCGGGUAAGCGAGUCAGAUCCAUGUCUGAUUCUGUUCAACUACGAUUCCCCUGCCCCGCGAGUCUAUUUUGUGGAUAGUGAGGGUUGUAAUAGAAGGAUUAGGAAAAUCGAUCCACCACAGCAUUCAGAAGUUUAUAAUCUGGUGGGUUCUUGUAACGGGCUGUUAUGUGUAUCCUUUCUCAUAAUCGGUGGUUCAUCGGUGUCUCGCAGUCUGCUAAUUUACAAUCCUUUUGUUGGAGACGCUGUGAGCGUCCCACCAACGGACCGACUUCUGGAUCAAAGGGAAGCAUUUGGAUUUGGGUUUCAUUCGAGGACAGGAGAAUUCAAAGUGAUCAGGAUUGUGUCGUUUGAGCUAGAAUUGGAAGAAGUGGAAGAAUUAAUGGUUCAGGUGUUUACUGUAGGAACAACAGAGUGGAGAGAUAUAGUAGCUACGCCUCCACGAUUGGCGGAUGUAAUCGGACCACCUGAGGCUCUAGUUGAAGGAUCUCUCCAUUGGGUGACUGUUGUUGGCAUGGAAGGAGUCGGUCCUAUCUCUGGAAUUAUCUCCUUCAACCUUGCAGAUGAGGUGUUCGAAGAAAUUCCUCACCCACCUUGUCAACGAUUUGUGUCACGUCGCUACCGUCUUUCCGUGCUCAAUGGGUGUCUAUCGGCUGUUAGGUUAGUUGAAAUUGGGCAUUUUGAUAUCUGGGUGAUGAAGCAAUACCAUGUUAAGGAAUCUUGGGUAAAACAAUUCUCCUUUGAUCCCUAUUUUGCUGGUGGAUCGCCAAGCUACUUAAUAAGUUUUCCCAAAGUUAUAUGUGCACUGAAGAAUGGUGAGAUUUUGUUGCAGUAUAAUUACAGUUCUCUGGUUUCUUAUGAUCCUGUAGAAAACAGAUUCAAGACUCUUCAAACGAGUGGGUUACCCAAUGAGUUCCAGACACUCCCUUUUCUACCUUCUCUUUUCUCAGCAAAGGCAACCAUGAAUUUGCAACUUUAACUCUCCCUCUUAAUGUUGAUUGAAGAUCUUGCUACGAGCUGGGUGGGAAGACGCGUAAGGGUUUUAUGUGUCUUGAAGAAUGGUGAGAUUGAGUUGGAGUGUAACAAGAAAGCUCUGGUUUCUUAUGAUCCUAAAACUAACAGGUUCAAGGCUUUAAAGAAACCGUUUGCCGCAGCAGUUCAAAGCCUUUCUUUUCCAACCUACACUGUUCUCAGCAAAGGAAACCCUUGAAUUGAGAUGAAGCUUUAACCUUCACCACUAACAUAUAAUUUCCUCUGUUUAAGUGAGGCUUCUGUUGGAUGUUAAUAUCACUGAUCAUGUUUUGAAGAUAGUGGAAGAUGGAUUAGAG